GCUUUUAAAAUUAAACGCGAGUGAAUGAACCGGCUGUCUAAAUGAUACUGAUUCAUAACUGUAAUAGUUUCAGAAGAGAAGAGAAGCCUAAACAAGUGAAAAGUCCCGUGUAGUGAGUAAGAGAGUGAAUGAUUUACCUGUAGUUACCUGGAAACACCUUUGAGGGAGUGCGCGAGACGCACGUCAUUUCCCUGAAGUCUCGCGCUGCCUCGCUGUUUAAUCUUAACUCUGGAACAAUACAGACUUUAACGAGAAUGGGCUUCACUACACUUGGAGAAAGCUAAUUUCGACAGGAUUAACACUUUUUACUCGAAGAUAUAAUAUGUGAAUUUUGGAUUGAAACUCGCUGGUAAUAAUGCGGAUACAGAUCUAUAUCGGUGUCACUGUCUUGAUCCUGAUCCAAAAAUCCGCCUCAGAGGCUGUGAGUCUCCCGUCUCCUGCUAACGUGUCUAUUCAGUGUGACAGCUAUGGAGUUGAAGUUCAAUGGGAAUAUCCUGAUCUCAGUCAGGACGUUUACUUCCAGGUGAAGGUGAAAGGCGAGUUCAGUGAAAGGAACUCUAAUCUUACACAAAAGCUGCAUUUAAACAUAUCCAGUAUGCUGUCUGAGCCAGCAUACAACCGCUACUAUGUUAAUGUGAUGGCCGUACGAGGAGGAGAGAAGUCAGAGCCGACCAAAUCAGAUGCCUUCAGCUAUAACAUAUAUGCUACCGCUGAUAUUAAGUGUUAUUUGGAUUUUCCUGAGGUUAAACUUUCUCCCAAAGAAGGCAAACUUCACGUCCAGUUCAGCAACCCUCUUCAGCUGUACAGAAACUCGCCGGCUCUGCGCGGCCUCACCGAUAAUCUGGUAUACUGUAUCGAAACAGAAGAGGGAAAGAAUGAAGUCUGUGAAACCUGUCAAAUUAAGCAAAAUACAUCAUGCGAGACAUCCGUAGUGUUUUCUGAGCACAGAGGUGAAUACUGCAUCAAUCUGACCGGAAAGAUCGGACAGAGGCUUUUCAAUCUCAGAAGCAGCUGUUUCACAGGAGACAUAAGAAGCUAUCCUCCGGUCACCGUGUACGUGUAUCCAGUGCUUGGAGUUGUCUUAACGCUGCUGUUCAUAACUGCCGUCAUUAUGCUGUUAGUGAAGAAGUUCAACUCAGAAAUGAAGAAGAAAGGUCACGCUUGGUUCAAGUAUUUCCUUGAUUUCCAUCCACACCCGGCAGAAACACUGUAUGUGGAGCCGGAGGAAGUGGAGCCGCAUUUGCAGAUCGAACAGAAUGAGGAGGAGCAAACCACGCUGAUAGAAUUGUCCACCAAGGAUCCAGAAAUCAGCAACUCAGAAGAUAACAGAUCCUACGGGCCUAAUAACCUUGUUGAAGAUGAGCAGAGCGACUGGUCAGCCUUUUACGACUGUCCACAUGCUCCCACACAAAGACAGGAGAUGAGUCCUGGAGAUACGGUAGAUAGUUACGGACCCAAACUGUUUUCAGAGGUCUAUAAGUGAAGGAAAGUACCGUAAAGGCAGCAAAAUCCCCCGUACCUGUCGCCUGGAUGUGUUUCGGGAACAUGACGUGGGAUUGGACGUAUGGCAUCAUGAGUGGAAUUCCCCCAGGUUUUCCGGUUUGUGGCACAAUGAAUAAACUUGUUUGGCAUGUCUUCUUCACAGCACUCCUUUUAUUUGAACUGAAACUCCUCAUACACUAGUUCACUAUUCUUUUAUUUGCAUUAUUUGUUCAUUAGUUAUAUUUUUCUACAUACUGUAGUUUUAUCUUCUAUGUAGACAGGGUCUCAUCUUGUGGCCUUUGAACAAAGUUUUAUAACAUCUUUUUACAAGUGCUGCUCAGGUCAUGUGGUUUAUCGCCAUUGGAUUUAUGCUGCGUUCUCGCACGUCUCGCGGGACUUACCGCCAUUACAAAACAACUACUGUAUUUCAUUUGGUUCUCUUGGAAAACUCACAACACCAAAUAUAUCCUUGCCUGGUUUUGAGGAGUUGAUUACAGAAAAACACUUUAUUACAGUAAUUCACCUGUUUUUAUUCUUUUUUUUGUAAAUAUGAGAUGCACCAGGUAUCAUGAGCUGUCAUAAAAUGUCACAUCAAACAGAAAUGUACACUUCUGUUCAAAAAGUUUGUGGCUAGUACGAUUCCUUUUAAAGAAAUGAUCCAGCAAACACAGACCGUUACCCUAACGUUAGUUUUUGAUUCCCGUUUGGUUAUUUUUUUUGGGAACCAAAAACAAAUGUUCUGGGAACCAAAAAUUGUUAGCUGGGGAAUAUUUAUUCAGUAAGGAUGCAUUAAUAAAAGUAUAAUGUUGCUGUUCUUUUGAACCUUCUGUAUUCAUUAAAAACUACAGUAUCAUGGUUUCUAUGAAGCUAUGAAGCAGCACAAUUGUUUUCAACAUUGAUAAUAAUCAGAAAUGUUGAUCUUGAGCAGCAUAUCAGAGUGAUUUCUGAAGGAUUGUGUGACACUGAAGACUGGAGGAAUGACUGCUGAAAAUUCAGAUUUGAUUACAGAAAUUAAUUACAUUUUACAAUAUAAUCAAACAGAAAAUAGCUACUUUAAAUUGUAAUAUUUCACAAUAUAACUGUUUUUAUUUUUGAUCAAACAAAUGCAGCCUUGGUGAGCAGAAUAGACUUUUUUUCAAAAACAUAAAAAAAAAAAAAAAAUCUCACUGAUCCAAAACCUUUGAACAGUAGCGUUUAAGUUGCUUCUAAACAUCUUUUAAAGACUCUGUCAAUUUGGUUGUUUUUGUAUGAUGUCAGAGCUUUUAUAAUACACUUCCAACUUGCAAUUACAAUUUCCAACAAAGAUGUGAACUUUUUUGCCAACUCAAACUCAUACUCGCUGUAAUUCUGACACGACGUGAACACAUUAGACCGUGGUCAUGUAGGAGAUCUUCAACAUACCCACUCCACGAUGAAAACAGGAACUUUUGAGGUCAAAGUCGUUUAUUGUUCAAUCCUGUGAAUUGCAUUUAUGCACAAUACAUAACAAUGAUGGGAUUUCCAUCAUGAUGAACCGACAAGCCACUUUAAUAAGCCAUCCUAUCUAGCUACAGCCAGCUGAUAGUUUGCAUUAAGUUAUAUUGUGCCACUUGUAAAAAAAUGUGAUUGUUUUUUUUUUCCAUAUUGUGUUUUUAUUAAAACCGGAUUGGGAUAAAUAAAAACUGAUUGAAAACCUUUGAAUAUGAUAAAGUGUUUAAUUACAUUUUGUACAAACAAAACAAAAAAAAAAAUUAAGGAAUGAACUCCUGUUGUCUGUUUACUUUCAAACAAUCAAACUUAAAUAGAACCGUUUCUGUAGA